AUGGAGAAAAGCAAGUUUUUAACAAGUCUAGUAGCUCUACUACUUGUGUUGCCAUAUGCAAAUGCAACCUUGUCAAUCCCUAAAGCUAAGAAGCACUUUGUGCUAGUUCAUAGACCAUGCCAUGGAGCCUGGUCCUGGUACAAGAUUGUGGCAUUGAUGAGAUCUUCGGGGCAUAAUGUUACAGCUCUUGACUUGGGUGCUUCUGGAAUCAACCCGAAACAGGCCCUUGAAAUCCCACAUUUUUCCGAUUACUUGAGUCCUCUAAUGGAGUUCAUGUCUUCUCUUCCUGCACAUGAAAAAGUCGUUCUUGUAGGCCAUGAAUUUGGUGGUUUGGCCAUUUCUAAGGCCAUGGAAAACUUUCCAGAAAAGAUUUCAGUUGCUGUAUUUGUUACUGCUCUAAUGCCUGGUCUAACUCCCAAUGCAACGGCCACCCUCUACAACGAGCUCUUGGCAGACACUGGUGUAUUAACUUCACUUGAUAAUCGUGUUGCUUAUGAUAAUGGACCUACUAAUCCUCCAACAACCUUGAGUUAUGGUCCCAAAUACUUGGCAGUUAAGCUUUACGAUAAGAGCCCAAUUCAGGAUUUGGCACUGGCAACUACACUAGUAAGGCCAAUAUACUUGUACAGUGUGAAAGAUGUUUCUAUGGAGAUAGUUCUUUCGAGAAAAAGGUAUGGAUCAGUUAGGAGAGUAUUCAUUGUUGCUGCUGAUGAUAACCUUCUGAAGAAAGAAAUUCAGAAGAGGAUGAUUGAAAAGAAUCCACCAGAUGAAGUGGAAGUGAUCCAAGGCUCUGAUCACAUGACCAUGAUGUCUAAACCCCUUCAACUUUUUACUACACUUGUGAGCAUUGCUAACAAGUAUAGCUAA